AUGUCGUGUGAAAGAGCCGCCGUUAAAGGCAAAUCAUAUCAAUUCCGACGGAGCGCUCAGGUCGCUUUAAUGAUGGGACCAUGGUACUCGGGACGAGGUCGAACGUUGAGCGGGGGCAGCGGUCAGGUGUGCCGGCCGCACUUCCACACGCCGCUCCACCCGUGGCUGGACUCGAAGGCGCUCGGCGGCGGCGCGUGGGGCGGCGGCUUCCAGCAGGACGCGGCGCAGGCCGACAAGCCCCUCUCCCCGGCGCAGCACCACCACCCCCACCCCCUGUUCUCGUUCCCCCCCACGCCGCCGAAGGACUCCACCCCCGACUCCGUGGCGGCGGCGGCCCUCGGCCAGCAGGACUACCAGGCGGCGGUCGCCCACGCAACCGCGAUGAGCGUCGCCUUCAUGCAGCAGCAGGAGUUGCCGCUGUGCGGCGACGUGAAGCCCAUGAUGGGCGCGCCCCCGACGAAGCAGCGCGAAGGUGCGCAGCCCGACACGUGCCCCCAAGAGUCGAGCCAGCCCUCCGGGGAAUACGGCGCGCAGUACAACGCCGCCGGCGGCGACUACUACGGCUAUCAGGGCAAGGGGUACAGUCAGCAGCAGAGUAAACCGCGUCCGAACAAGACGCGGACGAGCGCCGAGGGGCGGGAGUGCGUGAACUGCGGGGCGACCAGCACACCGCUAUGGCGGCGCGACGGCACCGGCCACUACCUCUGCAACGCGUGCGGCCUCUACUACAAGAUGAACGGACAGAACAGGCCGCUGAUAAAGCCAAAGCGAAGAUUGACCUUUAAAAACGUCAGUCUCGACGCGUUCGCGCUGUUUUCUAAAAGUUCCCUUGCCACAACGGACACGCUCACGCAACCUACGCCGUCACAAUCGUCUAACGUCGCUUUGCAGCUGAACGCCAAG